CUCCCCUGCCCCGCCCUCUCCUCUCCUCCCCUCACCAGCCGACUCACAGUCAGAAGGACAGGCAGCGGAUCGCCGAGCACAGCGGCCGCUCCCGACAAACUCCGCGAGAAGCCAGCCAGCGGCCAGUCCCGAGUCGCCGCGAUCCGGCAAUGAGGCAGUGGGGAGCCUUGGUGGCGGCGCUGGCCGCCUGCUGCGCGCUGGCUCCGCCGCGGGCGGCGGCGGCGGCAUGCGAGCCUGUGCGCAUCCCGCUGUGCCGCUCCAUGCCCUGGAACAUGACCAAGAUGCCCAACCAUCUGCACCACAGCACGCAGGACAACGCCGUGCUCGCCAUCGAACAGUUCGAGGGACUGCUCGGGACGGGCUGCAGCGCCGACCUGCUGUUCUUCCUGUGCGCCAUGUACGCGCCCAUCUGCACCAUCGACUUCCAGCACGAGCCCAUCAAGCCGUGCAAGGCGGUGUGCGAGCGCGCCCGGCGCGGAUGCGAGCCCGUCAUGAGGCGCUACAACCACAGCUGGCCCGACAGCCUCCAGUGCGGCGAGCUGCCCCUCUACGACCGCGGCGUCUGCAUCUCGCCCGAGGCCAUCGUCAAGGCCGACGCCGCCGAUCCGUACUCCCAGGACCCGGCUCGCUGCAACCCAGAGUCCAGUCCGGACUUUCCCUUGGACGCCGGCAACCUUCACUGCAGAGGAGAAGUCGUCGAUCGCUGCAAAUGUAAGACCGUCAAGAUGGGUUUGAAUACCUACCUGAAGAACAACUACAAUUACGUGAUCCGCGCCCGCGUGCGUGAAGUGCGCACGCGGGGCAUGGAGCCCACGGCGGUGGUGGAGGUUCGCGAGGUCCUCAAGUCUUCGCUGGUGCACAUCCCCAGAGAGACGCUCACCCUUCACUACUCGUCCUCGUGCCAGUGUCCGCCCGUCACCGUCGGAGACGAGUACCUCAUCAUGGGAUACGAGAACGAGGAGACGUCCAGGUUGCUGCUGAUUGACGGCUCAAUCGCGCAGAAGUGGAAGGACAAGAUGGGACGCAAAGUUAAGCGUUGGGAUCAGAUCCUGCAGGGAAAAGCUCGAGCAGCUCAUCGCAGGAGUCGCCACUGAGAUGGGACCAACCAGGCGUGCGUGUGUGUGUGUGUGUGUGUGUGUGUGUGUGUGUGUGUAUAUUGCACUAUCACAGGUAG